GGGUGUUUCUUAAAUAUGAGCCUUUUAUAGCAGUGAACGAGAGGCGAGGCUAAAACGUCUGCACAGGCCCUCCAAGUGUAUACCAAGUGUUUUUGGUGGGACAAUCGGAUAAGCCAGAGGGGCUAGGAAUUUGUCAUCAGACUGUUAAUCGGUUGAGGACAGCUAAAGAACGCAGCAAUGGCACCAUCACUGUCACAGGCCUACAGGAGGCGCUGGUGGAUGGCCUGCACGGCGGUCAUUGAAAACCUGCUCUUCUCUGCCGUCCUUCUGGGCUGGGGGUCUCUGCUGAUUAUGCUGAAGAAUGAAGGCUUCUAUUCUCAUCUGUGUGAGCCAGACAAUUCCACAAACGUCUCCAGCAUCGAGGAAUCAAAUGGCGGCUGGCCAAGUUGUGUAGGGCAGGAGGAGAUGCUGAACCUGGGCUUCACUAUUGGUUCCUUCUUGCUAAGUGCUGCGACAUUGCCUCUUGGAAUCCUUAUGGACAAAUACGGACCCCGACCACUGCGUCUUAUUGGCAGCUCCUGCUUUGCUGUUUCCUGUUCCAUGAUUGCUGUGUCCGACUUUGAUCCUAAAGUGCUGUCUCCCCUCAUCUUCCUGGCAUUGUCCCUGAAUGGCUUCGGCGGCAUCUGUCUCACUUUCACCUCGCUCACACUCCCCAACAUGUUUGGUAACCUAAGUUCCACCCUGAUGUCACUCAUGAUCGGCUCCUACGCAUCUUCAGCGGUCACCUUCCCUGGGAUCAAGCUAAUAUAUGAUGCAGGCGUGUCCUUCAUCGUCAUCAUGUUUGUCUGGUCAGCAUUGGCAUGCCUGGUCUUCCUCAACUGCUUCUUAAAUUGGCCUGUGGAGGCCUUUCCUGCUCCAGAAGAAGUCAACUACACGAAGAAAAUUAAACUCAGCGGUCUGGCACUAGACCACAAAGUGACCGGAGAUCGCUUCUACACCCACGUGACUACAGUGGGACAGCGGCUGAGUCAAAAAGAAAAUCAGGAAUUUCUCUCUUCUCAGGAGAACAUUAGCAAAGCCACAGCGGCACCAGCAGAGAGUUCCGUGCCCUUCCGUAAGAGUGUCUGCUCACCCAUCUUUCUUUGGAGUCUUAUCACUAUGGGGAUGACUCAACUUAGGAUCAUAUUCUACAUGGGGGCCAUGAAUAAGAUGUUGGAGUUCCAGGUCACUGAUUGGAAUAAACACAGUCCUGAGAAUGUAAGGAUUGACGUCAAAGAGACAGUGUCAUUCUACUCUUCCACCUUUGGAACCCUGCAGCUCCUCUGCUUGGUCAGCUGCCCUCUAAUUGGCUACAUCAUGGACUGGAAGAUGAAGGAAUGUGUGGAGAAUUCACCCGCCGGAGGCGAUCAGGUGGAAGUCAAAGAGGAGUCAAGCAGCCCUAAGCCUCGUCGAUAUCGUAAGAUUCAGAAGUUGACUAAUGCCAUGCGGGCAUUUACCUUCACCAACUUGCUGCUGGUGGGCUUUGGCAUUGCCUGUCUCAUUAACAACUUACAUGUGCAGAUUAUUUCCUUCAUCCUUCACACCAUGGUGCGAGGAUUCAUCCAUUCAUGCUGUGGAGGACUCUAUGCAGCUGUCUACCCAUCUAACCAUUUCGGUACCCUUACUGGGCUCCAGUCUCUGAUCAGUGCGGUGUUUGCCCUGUUGCAACAGCUGUUAUUCAUGGCAAUGGUUGGACCCUUGCUUGGUAACCCCUUUUGGGUGAAUCUGGGACUGCUGAUAUUCUCUUUCACGGGCUUCCUGUUGCCAAUGUAUUUGUUCUACCAUCGCAGAAAUCUGAUGAAAGAGCUGAAAGAGAAAGAGAGAGAAGCAGCAGUUCAGUCUGAAGACGCCAGCCUGAAGCAACACAGCAAUGGUCAGCUGGCCAGCAGCGAGGCUUAGUCAGGGCUGGUGGGACAAGCUGAGGUGGUGCUGGGACACCGUGCUGAAACAGGGCCAGCAGCUGGUAAGGUUACUCUGUCUUUGUUGGCUAACUGCCCGUAACUCUCCAAAGAUUUUGUCAUCCCUGCUUCAUUACGCCUGCCGCCAGUCCAGAGUCCCUCUAAAAAGAAGCCGAAUGGAGGGACAAAGGCUCACUUGCACCUUUAACUGCGACAAGUUGAAAGCAACAGAGUUACGGACAGGAGAUGCAAUGGAGAAAACAUUUAGCAGCUGCUUUACUAGGUGUGUGCGUGUCUGUGUGUGUGUGUUUGUGUGUGUGUUUUACCUUGGCCAAAAAAAACAAAAUAAAAAUACAAAAAAGAUCUGAAAACAUUUAUCGAAAAAGAACACAAACCUGACAGGUUCUUCUCUAAACCAAAGGCAGACCCCCCACCCGCC